ACCAACUCCUCUCUCUCUCGCCACAGCUCAUUUACAGAGAUAUUAAAUCUCCCUCCUCGUUCUCUCUACCAAAACCGCUUUCAAGGGCUUUUACGACAAAAGGCCGAGUUUAUGUCCAUCGAAAACCUCAAGUCCCAUGACCCCUUCGCCGACGCGGACGAAGAGACCGGCGAGACUAAACAGUCUCAGGACUACAUCCACAUUCGGAUUCAGCAGCGCAAUGGUCGUAAGACUCUGACCACUGUCCAGGGUCUCCCUAAGAAGUUCGACCAGAAGAAGAUUCUCAAGGUCAUUAAGAAGAAGUUUGCCUGCAAUGGCACCAUCGUCGCAGACACUGAGAUGGGUGAGGUGAUUCAGCUGCAAGGAGAUCAGCGUAAGGAUAUCCAGGAGUUCAUGACCGCCAAGGACGGCCUCGAGCUUGAUGCCAAGACCAUUAAGGUGAGCACCCCUCUAUCCCAUAUCACCAAAAUAUAUCUAACCCCACAUUCCAGGUCCACGGUUUCUAAUCCCGUCACCGUCACCAUGCCUUGUUCCAGUCCCUUCCUCCCAGUCUACUUUGCCCUGUGA